AUGGAAAACGUCGACGAAAGGGUGGACGUGCGGCUCGUUUCCCAUUGGGAAAAUAUUGGUAAAAAAUUCGGGGCAGAGGCGUUAAUCGUGAGACCUAAUUUUAAAAAUGUCGCCAUAUUUAGCGAAAAUCUAGUAGCUCUCCAAAUGAAGAGGACUAAAGUCAUAUAUGAUGAGCCUAUUUACGCCAGAUUUUGCAUUUUAGAUAUAUCCAAGACUCUCAUAUACGACUUUUUUUACGGCUAUCUCAAAGCCAAGUACGGCGACAAAGCCGUCUUACUCUACACAGGCACCGACAGUCUCGUUGUCCAAAUUUUUUGCGAAAAUUUCUACGAUCACAUGAAAGAGAAUUUGGACAGAUUCGAUACGUCCAAUUACUCGGACAACAACCAUCACGCCAUUUCCGUAAAAAGACCAAGGGCGUUCCCUACUCGGCUACUCAGCGCUAACUUAGUCUCGAGAACUAUAACGCGCUGUCGACGAAGAAGUUCGCCACAUACAGUGCAGCGGGAUCCAAAAAUUGAUAUGGCCAACGUGAUAUUUUUUCUGCUUUUUGCCGCUACGAAAUAUUGUUUAGUAGAAUCACUACUGAUAAAAACUGACCAAGGAGAGCAAAAGUCAGUUUCAUUAGAUGUUCAGUUUGGCAGACAAAAAAGAGAUAUUUUAAAUGAUUACGUUUUGCAGAAGAAGAAAUCAUCGGAACAAAAACCCGCGACAAAAAUGGAUAUUCGAGCACUCACAAAACCACUAAAUUUAGAAUCUAUAAAAUCAAAAUGGAAAUCUUCAGCACGAACUAAUUUAAAACAAGGGACUCUGAGAUUGAAGGACUUUGAAAGGCGUAUUAAAGAGCUUAAAAUAAAUGCCAAUCCCAGAUUACGCCUUCAAGCUCGAAACGAUUUUCCACCUGUCGAUAUCAAUGGCAUCGAAAAAAUGAAAACGAAGAAGGAAGAAAUGGAAAACUUGGUAAACAAAGCACGGUUGAAACUGGCCUUAUUAAAGAGCAACUACAGCAGCAACGGAAAGAAUCGUCUUGGAGCUUCGAAAUUUUCUAUGGAAGCUAAGAACGAAACAGUCGGCGAUAAGAACGUAGUUGAGGCAUCCACUAAUGUACCUGCUAUUGUAGUGGGACACUCAACUACUAUGAAGGAACCCGAUUCAUCUCAAACAGUGAAUGAAAAUGUUACCAAAAGUAAUUUGCCAUUUAACGGAUCACAUGCUAUCACAUUCGGAAUAGAUGCAUUAAAAAAUAGACAACAACAGACAGUCGCAAAAAUUAAAGAUAAAAUAAAGGGAGUCAAAGGCAAAGGAACAUUAAAAGAAUUUGGAAUUAUAAGCGACAAUAAUGAUAUUCCUAAGAAAUAG